AUGGCGAGGUUUUCCAGUUCGGCUCUGAGUACUCUCAAAGGGAAAGGAGAUGAAGGAAGGGACAUGGUGGCUGAAAAGAAGGAGAAGCCGAAGAAGUUGAGACGAUUUCAAGCCACUAAAUGCUUUCAAACUCAGGGGCUCUCAUUCUAA